GUGGGAGGUUACAACUCGAUUUGAACACACACACAAACACACACACAUGCACAGACAGAGAGCGCCAUUUGGAAAGACAUUUUGGCGUGCACGAAACUCUUAUCAAGAGGAGUUUCAGUGAAUGAUAAUUUAACUAUAAAUAAAAGUCUCUAGCGUCCUUCUGUCAGUUUACAUCACGUGACACAGUUGGCAACGCGCCGAUGCUCUUCUGUGGGAUCAGACCAGACGGACGAGCCUUCACUCCCCAUGCGCAUCAGUGAGCCUUGGGCGCCCAUGACCCUGUCGCUAGUUCACCGGUCGUCCUUCCUUGGACCACUUUGGUAAUGAUUAGCCAGAGUGUGAGCAGUACAUGAGCUUAAACACCUGCUGAGUCACUCUUGGGAAGAAACUCGAGUGAGAGGAGACUGCCAUGGCUCACAGGCUGUUUGAGGAGAAACACCAUGCGUCAAUUUACCAAAAGUAUCGCAUAAUUCCACCUGAGAGGGUUACAGAGCUCAUUCUGGAGUACCUGAACAAAAAGAAAGGACCUCCUCAUGAGCUUGCUGUGGACCUGGGCUGUGGGACAGGACAGAACACUCGUCUGCUGGCCCCUCACUUCCAGAAAGUGGUGGGCAUUGAUGUCAGUGAGUGCCAAGUGGAGGAAGCGAGGGCAGUGCCAGGGUUUGCCAAUGUCACCUAUAGGUCAGGUCCAGCUGAGGAGCUGCCGUUUCCUGAUGGCUCUGUGGAUUUACUGACUGCAGCAUCUGCAGCUCACUGGUUUGAUACUAAGCGUUUCCUGAAGGAGGCAGCACGUGUAUUGAAGCCUCAUGGCUGUAUUGCUCUUCUGGGCUACACUGAUGAGUUCAGUCUACAUUACAGCUCCUGUGGUGACAAACUGAACAACAUCUGUGCAGAGGUGAAGAAGGUUAUCAAACCUUAUGCUAGUCCUCCGGUGGUGGUAGCCAACAGUAGACUGCAGGCUUUAUUUGAAGCUAUACCCUUCACUGACAAAGAAAGGAUUGAAAGAAUUCCACUGAAGAUGGAGAUGACGGUUGCAGGCGCAGUAGGCUUUGUGGAGUCUUUCUCUUAUUGUCAGACCUACUUUAAGACAGAUCCCCAAGCUGCAGCUGCUCUUUUACAGUCAAUGAUGACACGGCUUCUAGAGGAAAUGGGUGUCUCAUCACCUGACACUAAGUUAGAGUUCACAACAGACUUCUACUGUGUGCUGGCAUGUAAACCACAAUGAAGAGAACCACUCUGAUUUGAAGGAGGACUUGCAUGACGGUCAUGGCAUUAUAUAUUUCAUGCAUAUUUGCCAUUUGUUAUCACAUUUGUGCACUAUUAAAUUAAUCUGCCAUUAGUAGACUAUGUUAAUAACUAUGUUAAGACAUAGUAAACUGUGUCUAGAAGUAUAGUCAAACUAUAAAAGCUAAUAAAACGUUAAUUUUA